AUGUUUUCGUUUCUGUCCCUCCAUCAUUUUCUUUCCUAUCUUUUUCUUUUCUUCUUUCUAUUUUCUUUAUUUAUUCAGAACAAAAGCUUUUUCUAUUAUUCUUCUUCUAACACCUGUUCUUUUUUCUUUUUCUUUCUUUCUUUCCCCGUUUCUGUCUUAUCUUCCUUCCUUCUUUCUUUCUUUCUUUCUGUCUUUCUUUCUUUCUUUCUUUCUUUCUUUCUUUCUUUCUUUCUUUCUUUCUAUUUCACUUUUGUUCCUUUCUUUCUCCUGCUUUGGUUUUACUUUUCUCUCUUUCUUCCUUUUCCCGUUUCUUUCUUUCUUUCUUUCUUUCUUUCUUUCUUUCUUUCUUUCUUUCUUUCUUUCUUUCUUUCUUUCUUUCUAUUUCACUUUUGUUCCUUUCUUUCUCCUGCUUUGGUUUUUUUUUUUCUUUUUUUCCUUUUCAAUUCUGUCUUAUCUUCUUUUUUCUUUCUUUCUUUCUUUCUUUUUUUUUUCUUUUCUUUUUCUUUUUUUUCUUUCUUUCUUUCUUUCUUUCUCCUUCUCUUCUUAGACCAUUCAUUUUUUUUAUCUAUUUUUUUGUCAUUCAUUCAUUCUUUCUCUCUUUCUUUUGUUUCUGCCCUUCUUUCUUUCUUUCUUUCUUUUCUUUCUUUCUUUCUUUCUUUCUUUCUUUCUUUCUUUCUUUCUCCUUCUCUUCCUAGACCAUUCAUUUUUCUUUAUCUAUUUUUGUCAUUCAUUCAUUCUUUCUCUCUUUCUUUUGUUUCUUACCUUCUUUCUUUCUUUCUUUCUUUCUUUUUCUAUUUUUCUUGCUUUCUUCUCUUCAUUCUUUCUUUUUUUUCUUUCUGUCUUUCUUUUUCUUUCUUCUCUUUUUCUUUCUUCUUUCUUUCUUUCUUUCUAGAGACUAUUCUUUGUUUCUUUACUUAUAUUAUUCUUUCUUUCUUUCAUUCUUUCUUUCAUCCUUUUUCUUCCAUUCAUUCUUUUUUUCGAUUAUUCUUUCUUCCAUUCAUUCAUUUAUUCAAUCUUACUUUCUUUCUUUCUUUGAAUCUUUCUUUCUUUCUUCCUUUCAUUCAUUCAUUCUUCCUUUCUUUCUUUCAUACUUUCUUUCUUUCAUUUAUUCACUCUUUCUUUUUUCUUUCUUUCAUUUAUUCGUUAUCUCUUUCUUUCUUUCUUUCUUUUUUCUUUCUUUCUUUCCUUUCUUUCUUUCUUUCUUUCUCAUUCCAUUCAUUUUGUGGCAUCCUUUUCUCCAUAUUUCUUCACCACCUUACUUCCUUUAUCUUCUUUAAAUCCUUUUAUGUCUAUCUCUAUCUUUCUCUCUCUUUUACCCCAUGUUCAUACGUGCGUUCGCGUGUGUGCAUUUCGCUAAUAGCAAUAGCAACAAUCGAUGACGUCAAGGUGGGUGAAAGAAAUCAUACUCGCUGCCAGAGAUCGCAAGGUGUAAACUAUUUAUAUAUAUCUCCUGCUUUGUUUUCACUUUUCUAUCUUUCUUUCUUUCCCCGUUUCUGUCUUAUCUUUCUUUCUUUCUUUCUUUCUUUCUUUCUUUCUUUCUCUUUCUCUUCCUAG